UUUGAAGUGACGGUCGUUACUUUCUCAGAUUUACUCAAGUUCUAGAAUGCCCCCUAAAGUAAGCGGUAAAGCAGCGAAGAAGGCCGGCAAGGCUCAGAAGAACAUUGCCAAAGGAGACAAGAAGAAGAAGCGCAAGAGGAAGGAGAGCUACGCCAUUUACAUCUACAAAGUGUUGAAGCAGGUCCACCCCGACACUGGCAUCUCCUCCAAAGCCAUGACCAUCAUGAACAGCUUCGUCAACGACAUUUUCGAGCGCAUCGCUGGAGAGUCGUCUCGUCUUGCCCACUACAACAAGCGUUCGACCAUCACUAGCCGGGAAAUCCAGACGGCCGUCCGUCUGCUUUUGCCCGGUGAGUUGGCCAAGCACGCCGUGUCUGAAGGCACCAAGGCAGUGACCAAGUACACCAGCACCAAGUAAAUUGUCUCCCGUCUUCUCUUUCAACCCAAACGGCCCUUUUCAGGGCCACCAAACUUUUAAAGAAAAGAAAAAAACCUUACUGCCACACAGAUGUCACUUAAGUGAUUAAUAAUACAUCAAUAAACAAAUGAAAACGCCAAGAUUUAUUCCAAAACGAAUGAAUCCUAAGCCCUGGCAGUGUUGGUUAUUCAAGGAUAGCUUUUAUUUAUUAAGGUUUUCACUAUUACUGGAAUAACUUGUAUAAAAAAAAUUUUUAAAAAGAUGUAUGGUUUACCUACGAUUGGAUUGUAAAUAAAAUUUAAUCCAAU